AUGGCUGACAUAAGAACGGCAUUCCAGCGGGCAAAGCAGGCAGCGGAACUGCAAAAUGACAGAGGAGAGCAGCGACAGCUGCUGGUAGAACAACAACAAUGGCGAAACUAUAACGGUGCACCGAAUACAGUUGUCGCUUGUCCUGUGUGCUCAGAGUUACGCUUUGCCUCAUCGAUCGAGUCACAUCUAACAGUAUGUCUGGAAAGAGCUGUCUCACCUGGGGAUGAUGCAUUGCAGGUCACGCUCGAUCGAUGCACUCGUCGCCUAAAUUGCUCCACAGAGCCGCAUAUGAGCCAGGUGACAAACACUGUAACGAACCGAGCACUGGAGCACUCAGUGCUGAGAACACUAACAAAGGGACCCUACACGUAUCGUCUACUUGCGCUCAGUGUGCACUGGUGUCUCCAGUUCGAGCGACAUCUCUUUUCCGCGGCGGAGUUAGAUUACUUAUCAGCAUUCGUUUCGCUUGCAACUGCUUCACAAUGGCUCUAUUCGUGGUUGUUUUUUCGCAAAGGUUUCUCGACGGGCCGCUGGUUUCGAGCCUGCUCACUGCAGACUCGCUACCGAGAGGUUGACGUUGCGAAGGCCAGCCGAGAACUCAUCCAGCAUGGCUUCUUGAAGGAUAGGCCAGCGUGUACCGAUGAUUACUUCAGGCUGCUAAAGUCGCUCACGCAAGCAGAGGUCACCACUUUGUGCCGAGAUCUCGGCCUGCAAAGUGCCUGUAUGCUCAAGACGUGCGUCGCUGGGGCCUUGUUUCAAACGAAUAAGCAGAAAAUUACGCCAGCAAGGCGGAAGCUAGAAGAAACGAUCCUACCUGCAGUUUGCAGUUGCCCCGAGGCCUUGCAGGCGUUGUUGGCCGCGUGGGCAGCGCUGGCACCAUUAGGUCUUGAAAACAUGCUGCGCGACGGCCUUGAACUCAAGGAUCCAUUGCCGCCAUGCCUCGUUGAACGGCCGCUCUUUUCAUCACGAAGCGCACUCGAGGCUUUUCAAAGCGCUCGGGAGCUAGAACAAUCUUUCGAGCAGAUGCUCGGCACCUCGGAGCCGGCUGCACUCGAAAUAUCCAUGACUGCCGAACAGCGGCUUCGUGAAGCACUGAAAACCAGCGAUGAGGCGCUUAUCGCGACGCGCGUGACCCGGUAUGAUCAACUGUGCGACCUACAGCGUCUCUACAGGGAGCCCUACACCACUGUAGGCGUCUUGGCGAAUAUUUUGUGGCAUUCAGUUUCGGUUGCAGAGUCGCAUGGACACUACUUGGAUUCAGUUCGCCGCCUCGAACUUCUUCUCAACGCCAAUCUCUGCCUGCGACGUCGCGGCAAGUUCUAUGAUCGCCUCUCGCUGAUCCUCGCGCAGCGCUUAGCUGACCGAGCAGGUGCGUUCCGCGUGUGUCUUGAUUCGCUCUCGGAUGCCUUUGUCCGGGAUGCGGAGCGCAGCGUUCUCUGGAAACGCGCAUCACGCCUUUGUAGGGAACUAGGAGUUGACGUGAGACUUCCCAACGAUCCCGCCUUGUCCAUACCUAUCCCAGAGCGAGUCCUCCGGGGGCGAGCGCUGCCUGGAUCGGGUCGUCGUGGUGGUAGCGUCAAGUUCGCCGGUUUGGAUAACACGCUAGCCAUUACUGUGGAGAACCUUGCUUUGCAGUUCUAUGAAGCAGAACUCGGCUACACUGGUGCGCACCUCGAAGGUCGCACAUUCGAGGCCUUAUUCUUCAUCUUCUUCGAAGAUAUGCUGCGCCUACCGGUUGUCGAUGCUUUUCACGUUCCUUGUCAGGCACAGCCUCUUGACUUUGGCACGGAGAUGUUCUACGUGAAUCGAGCUGAUAACAUCCGCAAACGUCUUUUGGAACUGAGUAUGCUUUCUGAAAGCGAACUCUCGCAAUGGACACGCGAGCAGCUUCAGCGCAGCGCUAUCGAGUCUCGUCGUUGGACGCCAACACAAGCACCGGUUCCCUGGGAUGUGAUCGUUGCGGGUCUUGGUGCUCAGGGGCUAGUGCAAAUUCUCACACGUCUUGUGACAGACUUGUAUUACUGGCGCUCAGGGGCGCCAGACUUGCUAUUAUGGCGUUCUAGUGGCAAAAGCAGCUGCAAACUUGUCGAAGUGAAGAGCACCAACGAUACGCUUGCACCCAAACAACGCCGCUGGCUACAGGAACUGAUUGCUGCCGGCAUAGAUGUAGAGCUUUGCUUGGUACGUAACCACUAA